AUGUGGAUCUAUAUGGUGUUUUUCCUUGGAUUAUCUUGUGCAGCCUCCCUCUCGAACGACAACAGAUUCACCUUUGAGAAGUCCUUUCAAGAAUUUUACCAUGGCAACGGAUAUUCGGGAGCCCAGGUGGGAGUAUACGUGGACGGGCGGUUGGCAUUCCUCCGGGGAUACGGACACGACCACACUCGGACAGAUAUCCGUUCCGAAUCCGUUAUGUCGAUAGCUGGGGCCUCAAAGGCCUUUACAGCCUUAGCAGCCUUAAAACUGGUAGAAGAGGGACAGCUUGAUUUGGGAGCUAAAGUGUUCGGUCCUGAUGGCAUACUGAGUACGUUCGAACCAUGGAGAGCUGAUCACGUCGACCGUCGGAUAUAUGACAUCACUGUUGAUCAUUUACUACGUCAUAAUGCGGGUUGGGAUUCACAACGAUCUAACAUUUACGACCCUGUACUUAAUAUUGCUUUACUUGAGAGAGGAUAUAAGGUCAAAAAUAUCGCCGACGAGAUGGACCUUCCGCAACCUAUUGAACCGGACGAUGUCAUCAGCUACAUGAUGUCGCGGCGUCUUGACUACACGCCUGGCACCGACAGCGUUGUAUCAAACCUAGGGUAUAUUAUCCUGGGUAAGGUGAUCACACAGGUCUCCGGUAUAGAGUACUCUCUGUAUGUUAAGGAUCGCAUUCUUCAACCAUGCGGACUGAUGCACACGCGCAUCGGACGACCGCGUGUAUAUAAACGCGAACAUGGUGAUAUGGAACCAGUUUUCCAGGGAUUUGGUGACGUGUUGCCCAUAUUUGUCGACUCUGCUCUCGGAUGGGAAUCUAAUUCGGCAGAUCUGCUCCGUCUGUUCAUGUGUAUGGAUGGUUCAGGCGACUUCCAACUUCUAAACAGGACUUCCAUCGCAUCACUUAUGGCCAAACCUGAAGGAGCGCCAGUCCAGCACCAUGACUCGUGGAUUGGUGCAGGAUUCCAUGUGAACGCCCAUGGCGCGGUGUGGAUAAAUGGAGAAUAUUACACGGAUGAUCUCGUCUUUUACCAUAAAGGUCCACUGUUACGGCCCAAUCACGGUACCCAUGACGUUGACACAGGGGGCCGUGCACGAGCCUGGGCGGUCAUCAUGCAUGGACAGACCUUCAUACCUAUCAGACACAUCAUCUAUGAUAUGAUGGAGACUAGCAGUACCAACUGGUCAACUGAUGACUAUUUCGUCAAUGAUAUCGUGGAUGUGUCUGCCCAGUACCAGGGCGUACACCGUACGGUCAGGUUCAAGGUCAACGAACACCAUCUGACGUCAUUCAUCAACGCUGCCAAACAACUCCGUUACGACAUCAUCUGGCUGAACGGCCUCUCGUACCAGAACCAGACAUGGUUUACGGUUAUCGCUGAAAAACAAAACCGCUCCAUCUAUAACGAAUUCACUAUAGAGCAUGGACUCACCGAGAAACAAUUGUACCACCGUAAAGUUGUACAGGAAAAACGAGGAUACAAUCUCACGUUCUUCCAAAACUACCGGAGUAGUUCUCAUCGUGAUAAAAAGGUGUUCGUGGCCAACUUCAGGCGACACGCCUACAACAACCACACCAAGAUAAAGUACGGUCUGGAACAUUUUACCCAGCCGUACGACAAACUUCUUCACCUGUUUGUGGAAAACGGGUACUAUCCAACCUCCCAGUCACUCAUGUACGAAGGUCUGGAUGGUCUCGUCUCCUUCGUUUUAGAGAAAGACCUUGACGCAAAGGAACAAAAGGACUUUAAAUCCUAUGACGACAUCACCUUAUAUCGACUGACUAAAAUAGUACAAGGUAAUGCCAGGUACAGGAGGAAGCUAGCCUACCUUGAUGCAUCCGAUUAUUUUGGGAAGCCAGUGUUUUCCGCAGUGUUCAUUCGGGACACAAAAAGAAACAUGGUGUUUAACGCUGAGCUAACAGAAAACAGCAUGCGUACAAUUAUAAAGAGAAAUGAGGAAAGUGGCUUCCUGCCCAAGAUUAUUGCCGGUUACACGGACAAAGAUAAAAACUUAAAGUACGCAAUGUGUCUCGAGAAAUGAAAAGUGUACUGCUCUUGGUGUAACAUUGUGUGCUCUUCGACGUGAAGAAAUUUAUCCUUGUGUAUAGACUGCUUCUACAGCGUGGCCUUCAAGGUCAAAUCGUGAUCUUCAAACGAUGUGCUAUGCCUAUCAUAUUAAAACCAUAGUUUUAAUGGUAUUUUAGCGAAUUGUACUGUUGACGGAUAUUACAAAACCACAUUGAUGUCCGAGACAUAUUGUUAAAGACCUACAUGAAAUGCUGAAAAGCACUCGGACAUCUUGUGAUAAGGGAUUAGAAAUAGUGCUGACA